CCAAACCUUGUUCUAUAGUUUCGACAAUUCCAAAGUUUCCAACUAAACUAUUGCAUCCUGCAGCCGCUACAGCUAAAACUAGGCAUCGUUUUCUUCUCAAUCUCAUUCACUCUUAACUCUCAUUAUCUAUCCAUAAAAACCCAAAACCCCAUUUAUUUACUCUUUCCAAAUCCUCACAUUGGCUCUUUUCUCUUCCAUCAGAUUUAGGGUUUCUUCUGCCAUACUUCACACAUCAAAUAUGGCAACAACAUCAUUUUCUGGCUUGCAAAUUGCAAUGUCAAGAUCAUGUGUUCCUUCAUCACAAAAGAUUGCAGAUGCAGGCACUGUGGUUCUUGGUGGCAAGUCCAAGCUGGCAUCAUGGAAUAAACUUGCAAGUGCAUGUCAUGUUGCAUCAGUGCAACCUUUCCAUCGGGGCUUCGCAUCAUCAUCCAUAAGAUCUGUCAAAAGUGUCACAAAGGCUAUGUCUGAUACUAGUGCAGAUAGUCCAGUCUCAGGAUUGGCCAUUGAUCUGAAAGGUAAAAGGGCUUUUAUUGCUGGUGUUGCUGAUGACAAUGGAUAUGGAUGGGCAAUUGCAAAAUCUCUUGCUGCAGCAGGAGCUGAAAUUCUUGUUGGCACAUGGGUACCUGCUCUGAAUAUUUUUGAGUCCAGCCUACGACGUGGAAAGUUUGAUGGAUCACGCAUAUUACCAGAUGGUUCGCUAAUGGAGAUUACCAAAGUUUAUCCAUUGGAUGCAGUUUUUGACAGUCCUGAUGAUGUGCCAGAAGAUAUAAAAACAAACAAGCGCUACGCAGGAUCCGCCAAAUGGACAGUUCAGGAAGUUGCUGAAUCUGUUAAGGAAGACUUUGGCAGCAUAGAUAUCCUUGUGCACUCACUUGCCAAUGGACCAGAGGUGACCAAACCAUUGUUGGAGACAUCUCGGAGUGGAUAUCUUGCUGCAAUAUCUGCAUCUAGUUACUCCUAUGUUUCUUUACUCAAGCAUUUUCUUCCAAUCUUGAACCCAGGUGGAUCUUCAAUCUCCCUGACAUACAUUGCUUCAGAGAGGAUCAUUCCUGGAUAUGGUGGUGGUAUGAGUUCUGCAAAAGCUGCACUGGAGAGUGAUACUCGAGUGCUUGCUUUUGAAGCAGGAAGAAAGCGCAAAAUCAGAGUCAAUACUAUAUCUGCUGGUCCACUGAGAAGUCGUGCUGCAAAGGCUAUUGGAUUCAUUGAUAUGAUGAUUGAUUACUCAUCAGCCAAUGCACCUCUACAGAAAGAACUAUCAGCAGAUGAGGUUGGCAGUGCAGCUGCCUUCUUAGCAUCACCUUUGGCAUCUGCCAUCACCGGCACUGUUCUAUAUGUUGACAAUGGUCUGAAUGCUAUGGGUGUUGGAGUUGACAGUCCAAUAUUUAAAGAUCUUGACAUUCCCAAGGACCAGCAUUAAGUGGAAGCUACCUCACAAAAGCUAGUGUCACAUGAAUUAGCGUAGCAAUGGCAAUAUUUUUGUUUCAAUGUAGCCAUAUCCAAAUUCUGCUUCCCUUCCUCAUUCCUAACCAAGACAGUGCAGGAUCCACUUUGAGCAUUUGCUUUGCUUUUUGUAGGCUAUUUUUCUGAGUUUGCCUCACGACUUUUGAACAUUUAUUUUUGCAAUGUGGUAGAAAUGCAGGUCAUAUGAUUAUGAAUGUAAGAAUCUUUGCAUUGAUCUAUGCUCAUUUGAGAUAUACAUUGGAAAUAAAGAUGUUCCCGUGAGUCGUGCAUCA